AUGAUUCCGUUGCCACAGCUGCUUAAGCGCCGGUACAUCUUUCUGGUCGUCUUGGGUCUCGUGCUCCUCGCCGUCGUCAACGGCUUCUAUCUCAACGUUCUCCCCGUCCCGAGCGUCAUUCGCGGCUCUGCGGAGGUAGGCGUUGAACGACCCGACCUCAACGAGGCUGCACCGCACCCGAUUGAUGGAUUAAUUCGCGACGCCCAGGCGAAAUGGGAUCAGCUCCUGUCGAAGCGCGUCGAUUCCCUCGCUGAUGCAACGAAGCAGUAUCGAGAGCGAAGAAGCCGUCACCCGCCGCCCGGGUUCGAUCAGUGGGUUGCCUUCGCAAAACAAAAAGACGCCGUACUUAUCGAAGACCUGUUUGAUCAAAUAUACGAUGACUUAAGUCCGUACUGGGGAUUGGACCCCCAAGUGAUUCGGCGCCAUGCAACGCACUGGGAUCCUCGGAUUGUUAUACGCAACCAUACACUGUCCUCUGUCGGUCAUACUGGCGUCAACUGGCUCGAGGUUUGGAUGGAUUUGAUCUCGACUAUCCAGGAAUUUCUCCCUGAUAUGGACAUUCCACUAAACGGUAUGGACGAGCCGCGGAUCAUCGUCCCGUGGGAGACCCUCUCAGAGUAUCGCGCCAAAGACCGCGAUGUUCAGCGGCAACUGGAUCCGAGCCAGGCCGUUAAUCAGUAUAUGACUUUGCCAGCGGAGGAAACGCCUGCGGAAUACUCGCCGCCCGCAUUUCGCGGAGCUGACACGCCUUUCUGGGACAUCAUGCGCGGUGCAUGUCCUCCCGAGAGCCCCGGCCGCUCCAGCAAUAUCCAGAAAGUCGAUUUUGCCAACCCGCCGGCCGAAUUCUUCAACUACCGCAACUCCUUCUCCGAAAAUGGAUAUGUGAAAGACUUCGAGCGCUCCAAGGACCCCUGCUGGCGGGCGGAACUGCAGGCCUUACAUGGUAGCUUUAUCGAACCCACCACGACAUCGACCACACACGAGCUGAUCCCAUUGUUCGGGGGUUCCAAGCUGACCGUUAACAACGAGAUCCUGAUCCCACCCGCGGUGUACUGGGAAGACAACCCUACGUAUUCUGGUGGAAAAAGCAACCACGGCGGCCCGUGGGCCAAGAAGAAAGAUAUCGUUUUCUGGCGCGGAAUUGCCAGCGGCGGUCGCAACCGUGUCGACACCUGGACGGGAUACCAACGACACCGACUGGUAUCGAUGCUGAAUGGCACAGAGGCCGCGCUGACAAACGGGACGUCGCAUGGGAUGAACUUCCGUCUACCCGAUUUCCAGUACUAUCAGGUCACGGCGGGUCUGGAGGGCACACUGCCUGAGUUUCUGAAUGAGCACUGUGAUCUGGGAUUCUUGGAUCUCUGUUGUUUUCCGCGUGAGGACGAUAGUCCACAUUGCUCUUAUACCGACGCUCACUUCAAGAUCGUCCCAGGAAUGCCCAUGAAGGAGCAAUACGCUUUUAAAUAUCUGCCUGAUGUAGAUGGCAAUUCCUUCAGUGGACGUUACCGUGCGUUCCUCCUUUCAACCUCCCUGCCGCUCAAAGCAACGGUUUAUAAAGAAUGGCAUGAUUCACGCCUGAUUCCCUGGGCGCAUUUCGUGCCGAUGGACUCCCUCUAUAUGGAUGUUUACGGGAUUCUGCAGUAUUUUAUGGGAUAUAAGGGACGUCGUAAGCAUGACAAGGAGGCGGAGAAAAUCGCUAUGGAUGGUAAGAGCUGGGCUGAGAAGGUCCUGCGCCAGGAGGACAUGCAGAUCUACGUAUAUCGCCUGCUUCUAGAAUAUGCGCGACUUUGUGAUGAUCAACGGGACCGUCUCGCCUUUGUAGGAGACUUAAUGAAUAGUUAA